AGAUAACAAUGUUCGUUGUGUAGGUAAUGUUUUGCUUUAUAAGAAUAAAACAAUGUGUUCUAUGACAGUAUCUCGCAUAACCGGCUACGAAAGUGUAGUUGUUUUUAGUGAGAGUGUAAACAGCCGAUAAUUUAAAAUGGUGGUGGAGCUAAGGGAUCGUGGAUUCAUUCCUCCAGUCUUCACUCCUUUCAACGAUGACCUCACAAUCAACUAUUCACUUAUACCGAAAUAUGCUAAGUAUUUAGCAGACAAUGGAGCUAAGACCGUUUUAGUGGGCGGUACGACCGGCGAGCACAUGGCGCUAAGUGUCGCCGAUAGGAAAAGGAUCGUGGAUACCUGGAUAAAGGAAGGCAGCAAAGUGGGCCUCCGGAUUAGUGCACAAGUUGGUGGUGCACCAGCUGCUGAUGUGCUCGAAUUGGCGUCCUAUUUUGAGAAGUCAGGAGUCACGUUUCUAUUGGUCUUGCCAGAGCUGUACUUCAAGCCUACCACAGUCGAGGGCCUUGUUUCUUACGUGGAGUUGGUCGCAAAGGCAGCCCCAAGCCUACCUAUUUUGUAUUACCAUAUUCCUAAAAAUACUAACUUAGUGUUUAAUAUGCCUGAAUUCAUCAGACAGGCUACUGCGCGCAUCCCUAACUUCAGGGGUAUUAAAUUCACCUCAUACGACCUGAUGGAAGGUGCCCAGGCGCUGAGGGCAUCUCGGCCAGACCAAGAAGUCUUUCUGGGGCCUGACAGUUUAAUCGCACCAGCUGCCCUUCUGGGGAUAACGUCCAACAUCGGGACAGCAUUUAACUUGUUCCCACAACUGGAGCACGAACUGUUGGCUGCCGUUCAGAAUAAUAAUGUAGCCAGGGCUCGGGAAUUGCAGGAGAAAUUGAGUGUGGCCAUCGAAGCCCAUGCUUGUGAGGGUCCUUGGGUGCCAGUAAUGAAGGCAGGCAUGGAAAUCGUAACUGGACUGAAAUUCGGCCCACCAGCUCUGCCACAGAAACCGAUAUCAGCUGAAUCCAGACAAAGAAUAACAACCAAGCUUAGAGGUUUAGGACUCCUUAAAUAAUUUUCACUUUAAUCAAAAUAUAUUUUUUUUUAUGAUAACACGUGAAUUGUAAGAAAUAAUUGCAGUAAUAAACUAUCUAAAUAUU